AUGUGGGCAAAUUUUGGGGUGCAACAGAUGUUAGAUAGGAUGGUUAAACAUUUUUUCAAUCAAAUGCAAUCUGAGUUUGAAAUGAGCCUUGUUGGAGAAUUGACCUAUUUUCUUGGACUGCAAAUCAAACAAAUGGAAGAUUCCAUUUUUCUCUCCCAAAGUAAAUAUGCCAAGAACAUAAUCAAAAAUUUUGGAAUGGAUAAUGCUAGUCACAAAAGAACACCUGCACCCACACAUUUAAAGUUAUCUAAAGAUGAAAGUGGUACUAGUGUUGAUCAAAGCCUGUAUAGAAGCAUGAUAGGGAGCCUGCUGUAUCUAACAGCUAGUAGACCAGAUAUUGCCUUUGCAGUUGGUGUGUGUGCUAGAUAUCAAGCAGAACCCAAAGUGAGUCACAUAAAUCAAGUUAAGAGGAUUCUCAAAUAA